AUGAGCGCAUGCCAAGAAGCUUACCUUGGUUGCCUGCUUGCUCGCCCUAGUAAAAAUGGCAUCUCCUAUCCCCUCAGCCAUGAUACUCCAGAGAGUGCAGUAGUGCGCUGCUUCACAGAGCCUCUUCAAGAUAAUGCUGCAAUUGAUGUAGAUGGAGGAAAAAACUUGGACAUUUUUGACAUCAAUAUAGGUGCAGGACUGGAUCUGUUUGAGGGAGACAUCAUAUUGGCUGAUACAAACCAAAGGAACUCAAUCAUUGGAGAUCAAUAUAGGUGGCCAAUACCUGUUCCAUAUUUUUUAGAGGACAGCUUAGAAAUCAAUGCAAAAGCACUAGUUCUAGAAGCAUUUGAACGUUAUCGACUGAAAACCUGUAUUGACUUUAAAGCGUGGGAAGGUGAACCUAAUUAUAUCUCUGUCUUUAGAGACAACGGCUGCUAUUCUUAUGUUGGGAAUUUACGACGAGGAAAGCAACAACUCUCAUUGGGAACCAACUGUGAUCGCAUAGCCACAAUUCAACACGAGUUCCUUCAUGCUCUGGGAUUCUGGCAUGAACAAUCCCGUUCUGACAGGGAUGACUAUGUCACUAUUGUGUGGGACAGGAUUCUGCCAGGAAGGGAGCACAACUUCAAUGCGUAUGAUGAUACACGAUCAGACUCCUUAAACGUGCCAUAUGACUACUCUUCUGUCAUGCACUAUAGCAAAACAGCCUUCCAGAGUGGGACGGAACCAACUAUUGUCACCAAGAUUGCUGCUUUCAGUGAUGUGAUUGGACAGCGGAUGGAUUUUAGCGACUAUGAUCUCGAGAAACUGAAUCAAUUGUACAACUGCUCCUCCAGCAUUACCUUUAUGGACACAUGUACCUUUGAGUACAAUAAUAUCUGUGGCAUGAUACAAGGUACAGGAGAUAAUGGUGACUGGAAUCAUAUUCUUCACAGCGCAGAUGGGCCCAGUAAUGAUCACACUCACCUAGGGAACUGCAAAGACAGCGGUUAUUACAUGCACUUCAGCACCAGUACAGGUAAUGCUGGGGAAACGGCUCUGCUGGAAAGCAGACUAUUCUAUCCAAAUAGGGGAUUUCAAUGUCUGGAGUUCUUCUAUUAUUACAAUGGAAAUGAGAAUGAUGCACUGAAUAUCUGGAUUAGAGAAUACACAGAAGCCUCUCCCAACGGAACUCUGACAUUCAUCACCAGCAUUAAGGGAAAUCCGGCAGAAUAUUGGCAGCUCCAUCAUGUUUCUUUAAAUGUAAAGAACAAAUUCCGUGUUGUGUUUGAGGGAGUUAAAGGAAAUGGACCGAGCAACGGCGGGUUUGCCAUAGACGACAUUAACUUGUCGGAAGCGCUUUGUCCUCACUAUAUUUGGCACAUCAGGAAUUUUACACAGUCCAUACAAGCGAAUGGAAAAAUGUUCAGCCCCCCAUUGUAUUCCAAGGAUGGUUAUGCAUAUCAAGUACAAGUCCUACACAAUGGUCCAGCGGACAAGCCGUAUGAUCUUGGAAUAUAUUUCCACCUGAUAUCAGGAGCUAAUGAUGAUACACUACAAUGGCCAUGUUCUUUAAGACAGGCAAAAAUGGAGCUUAUGGAUCAGAAUCCGGAUAUCCGAAAGCGCAUGUCAAAUCUGAGAAGCAUCACAACAGAUCCUACACAGGUGUCAAACAAUGGUGGCUUAUUCUGGGACAGACCAGAAAAAGUUGGAACGAGUACCACUUUCCCUAAUGGAACUGAAUACUUCCGUGGGCCUGGAUAUGGAACCUCUGCAUUCAUCAGCCAUGACAGACUUCUCAGCAGAGACUUUUUAAAGGGAGGCGAUGCUUAUUUUCGGUUCUCUUUUGAGGAUGUUUCACAUCUAAAUGCAACUCAGCCAACUCCUGUUCCAACCACUACCACAAAGCCCCCAAUAACCAAUAUUCCUACCACAACGAAACCUCAGCAAACUCCUGUUCCCACCACCACUACAAAGCCCCCAAUAACAAAUAUUCCUAAUCCAACGAAACCUGAUCCAGAUGUUCCGAAGGAAUGUGAAGGUUUUGUGUGUGAAAAUGAGGGGGUCUGCGUCCUUGAGAAUGCAAAGGCGGUAUGCAGGUGCAAGGUUUCAAAAGACUGGUGGUAUGUUGGAGAGAAAUGUGAAAGGAAAGUCUCAAGCCAAGACACACUUGUGAUAGCAGUCUCCUCUUCAGUGACCAUAUUUGCCGUUAUGCUGAUUAUCACACUCACAAGUGUAUUUUGCUUGAAAAAGAAACACAAGAAGCAACUAGCAAACACUGGAAAAGCUCAAACUACUGAAAAUGCCUAUGCAUUCUAAGAGCAUGAGGUUUUUGUGAAAUCAUCAAGAAAGAAAUACUGCACAACGUACUGGCAUUACAACAGCAACUUUCUCACUGCCUAUGGAAAAGGAUCAUUUGAAAAUCAAGUUAAUUGACUUAUGUAUAUAAGUGGUAUAGGAACACUCAAUAUGGGCUGUAAUGGGCAUUGCUAACAUCAGUUUAACAACUUUGUGUGGAAGUUUUACCUGAUAUCCCCAGGCCAUAUAACCCAUGAAAAGUAUAUUAAACAAAUAAAGCCAUUGUAAAUGUG